AUGGGGGAGUGGGCGUUCCUAGGCUCCCUGCUGGACGCGGUGCAGCUGCAGUCGCCGCUCGUGGGUCGCCUCUGGCUGGUGAUCAUGCUGAUCUUCCGCAUCCUGGUGCUGGCCACGGUCGGGGGCGCCGUGUUCGAGGACGAGCAGGAGGAGUUCGUGUGUAACACGCUGCAGCCCGGCUGUCGCCAGACCUGCUACGACCGCGCCUUCCCGGUGUCCCACUACCGCUUCUGGCUCUUCCACAUCCUGCUGCUGUCGGCGCCGCCGGUGCUGUUCGUCAUCUACUCCAUGCACCAGGCCAGCAAGGAGGCGGGUGGCGCGCAGGCGGCCCCGGCGUGCGCGCGCGGGCGUGCCGAGGUGCCGUGCUCCCCGUGCUCCCCGUGCUCCCUGCGCGCUCGCCGCGCGCGCCGCUGCUACCUGCUGAGCGUGGCUCUGCGCCUGCUCGCCGAGCUGGCCUUCCUGGGUGGCCAGGCGCUGCUCUACGGCUUCCGUGUGGCCCCACACUACGUGUGUGCCGGGCCACCUUGCCCGCACACGGUCGACUGUUUCGUGAGUCGGCCCACCGAGAAGACGGUCUUCGUGGUCUUCUACUUCGCCGUCGGGCUGCUGUCGGCGCUGCUCAGCGUGGCGGAGCUGGGCCACCUGCUCUGGAAGGGUCGCCAGCGCGCCAAGCUGCUCCCGCCGCCGCCGCCGUCGCCCUCUCUGCCUUCGCAGCGCGGGGACCCCGAUCCCUUCGGCCCGCCUGCCUACGCGCACCGCGUACCGGUCGGCGACAGCGAGGGCGAGGGCGGCAGCGGCCACAGCAAAGCGUCGCUGGCCACCCUGCGCCAGGACCUGGCCAUCUAG